AAGACAUCCAUGUGUUUUGGCGCUACCGUCAUUCAUCUGGCAUUUCAUUGAAUAUUGACUUAGAUUUGACUACAUAAGAAUAAUCAUGCCUUCCGAUGCUAAAAAGAAGAGAGAUCAAAAGAAAAAAGAGGCUGCAAAACGAGGAAAGAAGAAGCCAACAGAGAAUGGAGUGGAAAAUGGAGAAGAUGGAGAAAAUGAACCACAAACCAACGGAGUGGAAACAAAUGGUGCAACAAAUGGUGUACAUGAAGUAACAAAAGAGAUGAUGGAUAUGGACUUAAAAGCAAAAUACAGAUCUGUGACUGGGGUGUUAGCGUCUCACCCUGACAGUCGUGAUGUCCACAUCCACAACUUAUCUCUCACCUUCCACGGAGCUGAACUUAUAGUUGAUACUCGCCUAGAACUUAAUGUGGGGCGACGAUAUGGACUUAUUGGUCUUAAUGGCUGUGGAAAAUCUUCUUUGUUGUUUGCCCUGGAGUGUCGAGAGGUACCCAUUCCUGAACACGUAGACAUUUUCCAUUUGAGUCGAGAAAUGCCGCCAAGUGAUAAAACUGCCCUACAGUGUGUCAUCGAGGUUGACAAAGAACGCCUCAUGCUGGAACAUGAGGCAGAAGUCCUGGCCAGUCAAGACACAGAAGAGUCCCAUGAACGUUUGAUGGAUGUCUAUGACCGGUUGGAAGAAAUGGAUGCUGACAAAGCUGAGACUCGUGCUGGGUAUUUACUGCAUGGUCUAGGUUUUACCAAAGAGAUGCAGCACACAAAGGUGAAAAAUUUCUCUGGAGGAUGGCGAAUGAGGAUAGCCCUGGCCAGGGCUCUGUAUAUCAAACCCUCCCUGCUCCUUCUUGAUGAGCCCACUAAUCAUCUUGAUCUCCAGGCAUGUGUCUGGCUGGAGGAAGAACUUCAACAGUACAAAAGAAUAUUAGUGGUGAUAUCUCAUUCCCAAGAUUUCAUGAAUGGUGUCUGCAACAACAUUAUACACUUUCAUCAACAGAAGCUGAAAUACUACGGUGGUAACUAUGAUGCUUACGUUCAGACGAGAUUUGAAUUGGAGGAAAAUCAGCAGAAACGGUACAAAUGGGAACAGGACCAGAUUGCUCAUAUGAAGAAUUACAUUGCAAGAUUUGGACACGGUAGUGCAAAACUGGCCAGACAGGCCCAGAGCAAAGAGAAGACAUUAAAGAAAAUGGUAGAUGGAGGUCUGACAGAGAAAGUUGGUGCAGAUAAGACCAUGUCAUUCUACUUCCCAAGCUGUGGUAAAAUUCCACCUCCAAUCAUCAUGGUACAGCAUGUCAGCUUCAAAUAUGCAGAUGACAAGCCGGAAAUCUACAAGAACCUUGAUUUUGGGAUUGAUCUUGACACACGAGUAGCCUUGGUAGGACCAAACGGUGCUGGAAAAUCUACGCUCCUCAAGCUGAUUGCUGGAGAGUUAAUACCAACUGAUGGACUUAUACGCAGACACUCCCAUUUAAAGAUUGGACGUUACCAUCAGCACUUACAAGAACAGUUAGAACUAGACAUGUCUGCUUUGGACUGGAUGCUGAAAUGUUACCCUGAUGUGAAGGAGCGUGAAGAAAUGAGAAAAAUCAUCGGACGCUAUGGUCUUUCAGGCAUGCAGCAGGUGUGCCCCAUCAGAAAUCUGUCGGAUGGCCAGAGAUGUCGUGUGAUAUUUGCAUGGCUGGCAUGGCAGAAUCCUCAUCUGUUGAUGUUGGACGAACCUACCAACCAUUUGGACAUUGAGACCAUCGAUGCUCUGGCAGAAGCCAUCAAUGACUUUGAAGGAGGCUUGAUGUUAGUUAGCCACGACUUCAGACUGAUAUCACAGGUUGUAGAAGAAAUAUGGAUUUGUGAAAAACAGACUGUUACAAAGUGGGAGGGAGAUAUAUUCUCCUAUAAAGAAAAGUUGACACAAAUUGUGAAGAAGGACAAUGCAAAGCUUGCAAAAUUACAGCAGACACAGAAAUCGAAAUGAUGACGGCUGUUUUUAGGCACUGAAUUUAGGACUAGUGUAUCUGUGUCAUGGAAACAAAUGAAAUCUGUUUCGACUUUUUGUCAUUAUGAAUUUGAUUGUAUUUGAGGACAUUUUUGGCAAGAUCUGUGAUGUGAUAGCACUGAGAACAAUUGACAUGUGGACAGUACAACCAAUUUUUACCUGAUCAUACUUGAACUGUUAGCGAUAUAUACAUAUGUACAUAUCUGCAAAUGCAGCAAAAUUAUCUUUUUUUCUUCAACUCGAAUAGACUGAUUGAAUAGUGUGGUCAAUGAAUGAGUUUAAGUUAAAUAAAAUAUCAGAAGUUGUUUAACAUCAGCUUGUCAAAAUACAAUCUAUUGUGAUCUUACUCCAAUUUAGGAAGACAAUUUCUGCCUUAAAUAAGCUUCUGAAAGAAUCAUUUCUAAGCAUUUACACAUUUUUUUUUCUUUUUGCCAAUAGUAACUUUCUUGAUUAAGCAAUAAUAAAAGUAAUUUCUUUUCAUAUCACAUUAAUCUUCAGCAGAGUUCUGUCCUAACACUUCAGUUGUGAAUCUCUAUUUAAAAAAAAAUAUGAUAAAUAUCAUAAAAAAUACUGAUUUGUUUGUUACAUAGAAAGUUAUAUUUUUAUUGAACAGAUUUAUUCGAUGAUGUUAGAUAUCCGGUCGUUCUCCGUCAGUACUUCUUUAAGAAUGUUUUUAUUUAUUUUCAUUUGUAAAUGAUCCUCAUUGAAAUAUAUACUGACAUUAGAUGCUCUAAAAUUUGAGUUUUUUCCCAAAAAAAAUAUGUUGAAAAAAGAAGAGCUGAUUCAAAAUGAGGUUAUCACAAAUUACUGAAAUUAUUGGAAAUCUGUAAAUGAUCCAUAGGUGGGUGAUUCUUGUAGGUUCUGCUGCAGUAAUGAAGAGUUAUCUGUCCUUGUUUCAUAAUUUUAAUACAUUUUUCUUUUUAUAGGGUUAUAUACAGAAUAUGCUAGAAUUUGAAACAAACAAAUAUGAAAUAUAUUUAAAAAAUUUUCAGUUUAUGGAUGUGUUUAUGCAAAGCAUUAUUGAAAUGGCAAGAAUUCACAUUUGUGUUUCAUACGGAUUUAGUUGUUGAAACAUAGAUAACACAACUGUAACUGGUAUUGGCUUUACAUUCAGCAGUUUUGCAAACUUACGUCAUUGUACUGUUAUCUUCAUUGAAGCCUUCUUGUGUCAUCAGCAUGUUAACCUGCAUUUUUGUGUUUUGAUAGGUUUUAAUUGAAUUAUGAACUAAAUUAUUAGUCCUUAUAACUAGAGACUCAAUUUACCAAGUUGUUAUGCUGAAAGACAAAAGAUAUGAAAGAUUGUACAGAGUUUUGGACACUUCACCAAAAUGAUCAAUUAUUGGGAAGGUCAGAGGUGAUAUUACUUACAUUGCACCAAUCAAUGAGGGGAUGAGUACUUAAUAUAGCUAAAUGCUCUUUAACUUGGUGCAUGUAAUUUUGGGCUCUUGGAAUCAUAUACAUGUGUUUUGAUAUAUGUAUUUGUAUAUAUGCAAUGCAUUUUAAUGGCACUGUCAUCUCUUACCACAUGAAACAAUUUUUUGAAUUUUUUUUCCUGAAAUUUUCAUAUCUAAAAAUUAAAGCUUAUCAGCUGUAGCUCAAGAGCUAUAAAUGCACAAGAGAUGAAAUGCUACCUUCAAGCCCAAUGAUAAACUUGGAACUUUCUUCCCAUUUUUCAAAUCCUUUUACUGUUAUAGUUGAUGCUUGAAUGAAAAAGGAUGCAUUUUUCAGGGAAAACAUCAAAUGGGUUUAAGCUUCCUUUUUUAAUUUUAUUUUCAUCGUAUCAGAAUUUUUUUUUUUUUUUUUUUGCACUUUUAUUCUUUUCUUGAAAAUAGCAUAAAAUAGAACCAUUUGAGAAAAGCAACUUUGACUAAAGUUUUAGGCUACAAGCAGUUUGACUGAUCUUUUUAGUUAUUUUAGGCAUUUUUUUUUAAGACCACUGCAUAAGGUUGAUUUUUUUUUCAGGUCAUUGGAAUUCAAUGUUUUGUAAUAAAAUUGUUUGUAUUUAUUGGCAGAACAAUCUAUGCUAUUGUUUGAUGUUUUAUUGUUAUAAAUGAAAAUAUCAUGUGAAAAUAAAUCAACAAAC